UCCGCCUCUGCCUUUCUCUGGCAUCUGCAGAUUAAGGAGCCCGUGGAACGCCAAAACUUUUUCCUGGAGCUGAGCUCGCAGCUCGACACCUUCCCUGAAAACUUCUGCAAGCACAAGAUCCUGCCGCAACUGCUGACCGCUUUUGAAUUUGGCAACGCUGGCGCGGUUAUCCUCACCCCGCUCUUCAAGGUGGGGAAAUUCCUCAGUGCGGAGGAGUACCAGCAGAAGAUUAUCCCCGUUGUGGUGAAGAUGUUCUCCUCGACAGACCGAGCCAUGAGGAUUCGCCUGUUGCAGCAGAUGGAGCAGUUUAUCCAGUACCUGAACGAGGCCACAGUCAAUGCACAGAUCUUCCCCCACGUGGUGCAGGGCUUCAUGGACACCAAUCCUGCCAUCCGGGAGCAGACUGUCAAGUCAAUGCUGCUGCUGGCCCCGAAGCUGAGUGACAGCAACCUGAACGUCGAGCUGAUGAAACACUUUGCCCGGCUGCAGGCGAAGGACGAGCAGGGCCCGAUCCGUUGCAACACCACCGUCUGCCUGGGGAAGAUCUCCUCCUAUCUCAACGCCAGCGUGAGUACUUGUGCGCUCACCUCGAUCGCAGCUCACUGCUCUCCAGUCACCGGUACCACCCGUUUUUCUUCCCUGUCCCUUCAGGCCUUCAAAGCGGUGCGGAGCUUCCUGGCAAAGCUUGAAACGGUCUCGGAAGAUCCGUCCAAACUCCCAGAAGUGGAGAAAGACAUCAACUCCGCCUCGUUGAGCCCCGUGGGUGCCCUGAUGACGGGCACUUGGACAGGUUGGGCAGUCACGGGAGUCUCCACUCUCACGUCAAAGUUAAUCCGAGGAAACCCGGCCGCUGCAGCGCAGCCCCCUGGAGACAAGACGGAGACAAGAGAAGAGGCUGAUGACAGACUGGGCACCACAGCCACCAGUCCGGCAGCACCGGCUCCCACUGAAGAGGCAGCUGACAAGGAAGACCUGGCUGACAAGUGGGACGAUGAAGACUGGGGCAGCCUGGAGAACGUCUCAGCCAGCGGAAACAAGGAUCCAAGUCCCGUGGCUUGCGACUGGGACGCCGCAGGCUGGGGUGUGGACGACAGCUGGGAGCCGAAGGCUGGCCAGGAUCAAGGUCCCGCUGAAGCAGACAGCUGGAACACCGAGUGGGGGAAUGAGUUGAUGCUCAGUCACAGCAAAACACUCAAGGUCAGAGCUUCCGCCAGUCACCAGGAGGUACGCUUGGCGAGCGAGUACAACUGGGACGGGACGAACAGCUCGAGCAAGGAGGAGGGCAUGUUCGCCACGCUGAGUCAGCCAUCUUCCACUAGCCAGGUCAGCACAGUACAUGUACAAUAUACACGUUAUCAGAU